UUGACUAACACAAAAAUGUUUACGACUGUUCAUGUGCGCUAGUCUCAUUGUUUUUGCGCAUUGUUUAAAUAUUAAUUGUUUACCAUUAGUUUUCACAUGGCUAAAACGCAUAACCAUGUAGUACUAAUUGCUUAGACCGGUUAAUUAAAGGGUUUCGUACAAAUCCUACGCGCUGUUGUGUAAACUAUGGCAUCGACUGCUUCCACACAAAACAGAAACAAUUUGCGGGAAAAAUGUUGUUUGUGCAUAAUCUCAAAAAGCACCAUCUGCAUAUGUGUCUGCUUUGCUUAAUUGCAUUAGCGAUACUUUCCUAUUUCUUUCAUCAGAAGCCUUCGUGGGUAACUGAUUAUAGAGGAAAAGCUGUUAGUUAUAAUGAAGCACAACCUUCGAAAACCCCGCUCUACAUCGUGGUGGUCUGCUGCGGUCAAAGAGUCCAGGAGACUCUGGUUAUGAUCAAAUCGGCCAUUCUAUUCAACUAUGACGAAGAGUAUCUUAAAUUUGUUAUAUUCACCGAGGAUGGAAAGGGGGAAGAGUUUAGGGAAAAGUUGACAGACUGGCGUGACAUUAAACCGUUUACAUUUGACUUUGAGAUUUUGCCACUUAAAUUCCCUAGUGGCAACGAAGUCGAAUGGAAAAAUUUGUUCAAGCCCUGUGCAGCUCAACGUUUGUUUUUGCCGUCUCUGUUAACCAACGUGGACUCAUUGUUGUACGUCGACACGGACAUAUUGUUUCUGUCGCCAAUCUCCGACAUCUGGCGCUUCUUCAAAAAGUUUAAUGAGACACAAAUGUCCGCAUUGACGCCGGAACACGAGAAUGAGAACAUUGGAUGGUACAACCGAUUUGCAAGACAUCCGUUUUACGGCCGACUUGGAGUUAACUCCGGCGUUAUGCUUAUGAAUCUCACGCGGAUGAGGGAAAUGAAAUGGGAGCAACAUAUCUUGUCUAUUCAUAAGGAGUAUAAGCUACGUAUUAUUUGGGGGGAUCAAGACAUAAUCAAUAUACUAUUUUAUUACCAUCCUGAUAAGCUGUACAUCAUGCCAUGCGAGUACAACUACCGUCCAGAUCACUGCAUGUAUAUGAGCAUUUGUAAUAUGAGUCUCACUGGUGUAAAAGUAAUCCACGGUAAUCGUGGCUACUUCCACUCAGAUAGGCAACCGCUUUUCAAGUCUAUUUACGAGGCUUUGGAGAACUAUCAACUGGGCUCUAAUGCCAACACCGAUUUUUUAAUGCCCCUACAUGCAGCACUUAGUAUGCCAUCCACUAACGAUUCAAGCUGUGGAAAGAUAUCAAAUGAAGUUUUAAAAGGGGCUAAUACGGUUAUAAGUAAUAGGUACAGGGACGUUUAGUAAUAGAAUUUGUAUUAUAAUAGAGUAUUAUUAGACAAUUUAGUACUAGCAUUUAUAUCGUAGUAUAAAUAAUUGAGUUUUUAUACGCAAUAAAAACGUAUAUGUCAAAAGCAAA